AUGCAUGAACAAGAGAAUAACUCCCGGGACUACGUAUCUUCUGAACAUGAAGAUGGGGACCGGAGCAUCCUGAAAGUAUCCGAAGAAGAUGGCUUUUUAUUGGACGGUAUUUUAGAGCAGCCAUCUUCAAAUUCCUUUUGUCGAAAAUGGCUGGGGCACCUGAUUUUCACGGCCAUAUGGAUAAUUUCGUUGCUCAUUGCAGUCAUUCUGUUGAGGCAUGAUGGUAAUCAAGCAGAGGUUGGUCUUGCUAAUGUUUUUGAUACUGAAUUGCGCCCUAUGCAGUCAGCAUUGGAAGUCCAGAAAAUCCGCUUUUCUGGUAACUUGAUAUUUGAUGACAAUGGGACUCUAAUUGAGCAAUUCUGGGACCAUGACAGUCCCAAAUACACGGGCGAACCAAGCGAUGAGCUAGAUGCUCGUUGGAAAGAUCUUUUUAGAGUUGAUGGUGUUGAUCUCCAUGGCACUGAGGCCGAUACAAUCCGCGGCCAGACCUUCGAAAAGCCUGGCGGGUGGUCAAUUGUGGGCGUUGAUGUAUUUCAUCAACUACAUUGCCUGAACAUGCUUCGUCAAGGAUUGCGUCGGGAUUACUAUACCGAGCACGAUGAAGAGCCAGCUUACACAAUCCACAUGAAUCAUUGCCUCGAUUAUCUUAGGCAAGCUGUCAUGUGCAACGUGGAUAUGACCCCUCUCCCUGUUCACUGGGACGAGAAGGAGGAUCGGCCUUUGCCGGACUUUGAGGUGGAACACACCUGUAGAAACUUUUGGAAAGUAAGAGACUGGACUAUAGAGCGAAGUGCACAUAAGCACAAGUACAAGGAUGAUGACGCCGCUUGA